UCCAGGUGCAUGUCGGGUAGAGCAGGAUGGCGUCUGCGGGUUGUGUGGAGGAACGAAGCGGCUGACCGCUGCCUGUUUCCCCGCUGAACCCGCACCGCCCGCGGCCUCACAGGUUUCACAGACCGGAGCUGCGGAGGUUCUGAGCUAUGAGGAGUGCUGAGCUGUUCCCUCCAGGCGGUCUGGCUGUUGGACUAUGCUGUGUUUGUCCACUGGGUGGCGCCUCCUGAGCCGAGCUCGCCGCCUCCUUCCCUGCCCCCCCCAGUCCGUCUCCAUGUACGCCACCCGCCUCUACAGCACCGCGGGAGGAGGAGGAGGGGGUGGGGUCAAACAGGGGCGGAGGGCGGGGCUUACUUUGCUCGAGGCACCCCACCCUCCUCACCCCCACCUCCCCCACCACCCAGCGCCGCCUCCCCCCGCCUACCCACUGUACCAGGGCCGACCCGACACCCACCGAGGAGCUCACUUCCACCACCACUACCACCCCCACCCGCCAGCCCACCACCUGGCUCCGCCCCCGCUGCCUCCACACUACCAGCACCACACCCCCUUCCACACGUACGGGGGCGGAGCCCCAGCCGGAGUAUCCGCUGGCGCCAAGAAGAAGACGUGGAACUUCAUCCACGAGAAGAUGAGCUACGACACAUUUUUCACCAUGAAGCGGCUGAUCGAGCGCUCGCGGCGGCCUGACGAGGUUCUGCGCUGGGUCACCCAGAACCCUGCCAAGAUCUCCCACAACCACUACCCCAUCGCCCUGCAGAAGAUUGGACAGCUGCUGCAGGCCACGCCCCCAACGCGCCCAUCCAGGGAUGACGGCGACGCCUCCAGCGGUGGAGCGGCAGAGGGGGACGGCCGUCAGAUCUUGGAGCACCAGGACUUCCAGACGCUCUGCAGCGCCAUCGUCAGCGACUGCGCCAAGUUCGACAACUUCAGCAUCGUCAACUGCCUGUACGCCGUCGCUGCGCUCGGUCUGCCCAGCGACUGCCAGGUGGUCCAGGUGCUGGAGUCGGAGUCUCAGUCCAGACUCAACCAGUUCAACCAGAAGGACGUGUCCAUGGUGUUCAGCUCCAGCAUGAAGCUGCACCCGGGCAGCCAGCACCCACUGACCGAGGCCUGCCUGGCCGGCCUGGAGAAGAACCUGGAGAGAGAGCGCCACCCGCAGACGCUCUUCCUGCUGCUGUCCUACUACAGACUCAAGUGGCGCUCGCUUCAGCCGCAGGAAGCCACUGCAGCGACUGCAGGGGGCGCUGCAACCGCCAGCACCAGCAGCAACAACAUGCCUUCAAACCCUGAGCAGCUGCUGGCCAACAGGAAGAUCCUGCGUCUGGUCAAACACACUCUGGCCAGCGUCAGUGGGGUCCGCGACCAGGAGAUGGCGCUGCUGGACGAGAUGCUGGCGGCAUGCGCCAGAGAGGCGAGCAACAAGAGCCUGGAGCUGAUCUUCAGCUCUCACCUGUUCUACCAGAACCGCCAGGAGAGGUUCAUCAGCAGCCUGGCAGAGGAGCUACCAAAGAAGGUGGACAGCAUCACUCCCUACACCAUGGCUCUGAUCGCCAAAUACAUCGCCCGGCACCGGCUAAGAGAGACCAGGCUACUGGACACCAUCGCAGACUUCCUGGUGAAGAAGGCCGAGUACCUGGACAGUAAGGUGAUCCAGAAGCUGGUGUUCCCGUUCAGCAGGAUGAGCUACCGUCCUUCCAACGAGCAGCAGUUCUUCUCCCGGCUGGAGGAGGUGGUGGAGCUGAAGGCGCUCAGCUCCCCGCUCGCCACCGUCAACAUCCUCAUGUCCCUCUUCCAGCUGGGACACUUCCCCGGGCUGGUACUCCACCGAGUCUUCUCCUCCGCCUUCAUCAGCAACGUCACCAACAGCCCGUACGCUCUGAUCGUGAGGCGCUACCUGUCCCUGCUGGAUGCCGCCGUGGAGCUGGAGUUCCAGGACUACAGCGGACCUCGACUGCAAGACGCCCACAAGGUGCUGAUGUUUGACCACGCCCUCACCGCUGAUGAGGUCAACCGCAAGUACAGUUAUAAAGGUCUGGUCGCUGAGGCUCUGCGGCAGCUGGUUGGAGAACAGAACUACAAACAGGAUGAAGUACUUGCCCCAGGAUACUACACAGACUUUGUUCUGUGGAUGGACGGUUCUGGUCGGGUUCUGCCCAUCCGGACUGGUCCCGGUCUGGCUCUGAGCAUCGUUCCUCCAUCCUGCGUUGCCGUGGCGACCAAGCCAGACAGUGCGGUUGCCGUGGUGACCUCAGAGUUCCAGAAGUUCUCGCCGUUUGCGGUGCUGGAGGAGGGCGGUGAGCCGACCGGUCCGGUGGGAGAGGUUCUGGGUGGAGCUCUGGAGGCCCGGUCCUUCUUGCCCCCCCACAUCCGCAGCACACCGGGGGCUGCGGCGCCCUCAGCGGCACCCAGGCCCGGGACUAACGGUGGGCCCCUGGACUACAGCCCCUACUACGUCCCCGAGUACUACGCCGGCCUAGCCAAGGAGCACUCUCUGGAGAGCCAGGACAGCUCCACGCUCAGCAGCCCCCCCUCCGACGGCCUGGCCCCGCCCGGAGCUCAGGGGCCCACGGGGGCCCCGGCACCAGAUUCCCUGUUCCAGUUUUCCAUUGGGAAGAUCCUGGAAGACGAGGGGGGCUCAGGGGCCCCGGGAGUCCAGGGGACCGACUGCAAGCUGCCCGGGUUCUACGAAGGAGUCCCGUUCUCUGAGGGCCCCGAGGCCGACAGGGGGCCCUCGACACCACCGCAGCUCCACGCCCCCGACAGACCGGACCCCGACAUCCUCCCAGACCAGAGGCAGAUCCGAAGGGUCAUCAUGUCCGUCAAUGACAAGUGGCACUACUGCCACAACUCCGAGGUCCUGGUCGGGUCCCGGGCCAUGAGGGACCGCCACCUGAGGCUGCUGGGAUACAUCAUCCUGCAGCUGCCGUACCACGAGCUGGAGAAGCUGAACGGCAUCGAGGAGGUGAAGACGUACCUUCACCAGAAGCUGCUGGACGCCCCGCUAUGACGCCCCCCUCCCCACUGGGUGUGUGUGUGUGUGUGUGUGUGUGUGUGUGUGUGUGUGUGUGGUGACGUCCUGUCAGUCAGAGAUCAGGGGGAACGUCCAUCUGCACAUCGAUUAUCACUCAUUUAUUGAUCAGUGUCCUGAUUAUUGAUCAGUGUUCUGAUCACUUCCUUCGUUGAUCAGGUGGAGCUGCAUCCAUUCUGACAGGAAACUGAACAUUUUCCAAACCUGAAGAGUUGGAACCAUCACCAGAUGAUUGAGGAGCUGCUGGUGUGCAGAUGUUUUGACUGUUCUCCAGGUCCUCCAUCGGUUCUUCCCUCCAGCCAGCAGCAGAACCCAACCACUGAUCUUCAGACAGAACCCGUUCUAAUGGUGGAACCUGUUCUAAUGGUGGAACCUGUUCUAAUGGUGGAACCUGUUCUAAUGAUGGGACCUGUUCUAAUGGUGGAACCUGUUCUAAUGGUCCUUCAUGUUUGAAUCUGUGGUGCGUUCAGGACACUCAGAGGAGUUUCAUCUCUGCUCCCAGAUGUCGGCGUGUCCUUGAACACACCCUCAGGUGAGCGGUAAGCAGCUGCUGCCUUCACCUGUGCAGGUGAGCUGGUGGUUAGAUCAGCGGAGGGUCCCUGAACACAUCGCUGAUCUGAUUGGUCACCGUGUGGAUGAGCUGAAUAUUAUUUCCUGUUUAGUUUUUUUGGAGAGUGGGAGGGGCCCUUUUAUAAAGUUUGGUAACUGUGGUAACGACGAUGCAUGUGGGAGUUUGUUUUCUAAGAUCAGAGCAGAGGCUGAUGGGUAACGUGGCCCACUCAGGAGGGGAGUGUUGCCAUGGUAACAGGGUGUGUGUAGGUGUGUGUGUGCCAAAGGCCUGGAGGAGGUCACGUGGGGUCAGAUUAUUUAUUUGUGUAUCAGGUGACGGACUGACGGACGUUUGUUUAUAUUCUAUAAAUCUAUGAAUCCAAAUGUCUAUAAAAGAUCAAAGAACCUAG